CUGCUCCACCAUCUGUCCCUCCCUUUCUUCCAUUUCAUGUGUUCAACCGACAUCCACCCCUCACAGCUACAACUCCGUUGUCCCCCCCCUCUCCCCUUGCAUUGAGUUUUCCUGUCCACUCGGCUUUGCAGUUUGAACGACGCAGACGGUCCCUGGCCCCGACUGUUCCCCCCUCCCCCACUAACUGAGCUGCUGUUUCACUCAAAGAUGGCGUCAGCUUUGGAGCCUCUGGUCUCUGGCUGCAUUUUUGGGCUUGUUGUUGUCUCGGAUUCGAAUGAUUUUUGGCACAUUCUCUUCGGCAACUCGACACGAAAUUCCGGGUGCGUUUCCUGCUGAAGUUGACUGUGCAUGAAGGUGAUCAGCCCUCGCUGCUCCCUGGGGUGAGAUAUCUGUCCCCUUCCAGUCCGGAGAACAAGUGGAUACAGCUGGAGAGCGAAGGAGAGAAAGAGGGUGAAGGAGUGGAGCCGCACGGAUGAAACACAUUUACAUCCUUCUGCAAAAGAGUUUAUUCCAAUAAUCUACAGAAAACGUUUUUUUCCCACUGUCCUGAUUCUACCCUUACAGUACAACUGAUCUUCAACUCAAGAUGACAGUCAUGGUUUCCACAUCACACUGAGAGCCUCUUAUUUACAUUGAGGGGAGACUGAAUCGUCAGGUUGUAGUCAUUUGUCCCUCGGUCCUUUGCAACAGGCAGUAGUGGGAGAAACCUAAGUGUUAUUGUUGUAGUGUGUGUGGGUCCACCACAGCUCCAGAGUUAGUCUAGUACCUGCUGCUCCACGACACUGCUCUCCCCCAGGCUAACUGACCCUGCCGGGAGAGGUAGUGGGUGGACCAAGCUUUAUUGGGGGGGUUGGCAGGGGAGCCUAUGCUAUGGUGAGCUGUUCCCUGACGUGCUGCUCAGGACCAGGCUCUGAGGGACUCUCUGUGCGGCCCCGGGACAAAGGAUAGUCUUCGGACAGAGGGGCUAGGAGGAGGAGGAGGAGGCGGCCUGGGCCGCGGGAUUCUUACCCUUUGCCCGCUUACGGGCGUGUGUUUGUUUGUGUGUCGUCAUUGCGACCUCCAGCCGCAGUCAUGGUGAAGCUGGCGAACCCAAUGUACACCAACUGGAUCCUAGAGGCCAUCAAGAAGGUGAAGAAGCAGAAGCAGCGGCCGUCAGAGGAGAGGAUAUGCAACGCUGUGUCCAUGUCCCAUGGGCUGGACCGCAAGACUAUACUGGAGCAGCUGGAGCUCAGUGUCAAGGAUGGAACCAUCCUCAAAGUCUCUAACAAGGGGCUCAACUCUUACAAGGAUCCGGAGAACCCCGGCCGCCUGGCCUACCCCAAGCCCCGCCUGGGCAGCGGUGGAGGAGGGGGUGGUCAUCAUGGGCAUGUGGGCCAUGGCGGGAGCCACCAUCGCUCUGGGAAGAAACCAGGGCUGGACUGGAACAAGCUGAUCAAGCGUUCCCUGGAGGGGCUCCAUGAGCCAGGGGGCUCCACCCUAAAAAGUGUUGAGCGCUUCCUCAAGUGCCAGGGGGAUGUGGCGGCCUACCUGUCUGGCAGUGGCUCCAUGGGGCCUGGGCUGUUCCACCAGCAGCUGAGAGUGGCACUGAAGCGGGCGUGUGCCCACGGCAGGGUGGCUAAGAAUGGGCCGCUGUUCCACCUCAUCAGCCGUAGCUCCCAGUUGGAUGGGACAGGCACCGUGGCGCUGGACUCCCUCCCACCUGUCCGCCUGCUGCCACACGAAAAGGACAAGCCUGUGGCAGAGCCCAUCCCUAUCUGCAGCUUCUGCCUUGGCACUACGGAGUCGAACCGAGACAAGAAGCCAGAGGAGCUAAUCUCCUGUGCAGACUGUGGCAAUAGCGGCCACCCGUCUUGUCUAAAGUUCUCACCAGAGCUCACUGUGCGAGUCAAAGCUCUGUGGUGGCAGUGCAUCGAAUGCAAGACCUGCAGCAACUGUCAAGAUCAAGGCAAAAACGCAGAGAACAUGUUGUUCUGUGACUCCUGUGACCGGGGGUUCCACAUGGAGUGCUGUGACCCCCCACUGAUGCGGAUGCCAAAAGGCAUGUGGAUCUGUCAGAUCUGUCAGCCCAGGAAAAAGGGAAGAAAGCUCUUGCAUGAAAAGGCAGCACAAAUCAAACGGCGCUACAACGCACCACUGGGACGACCCAAGAACAGGCCAUUCAAGAAGCUGCGAGGGCCGGGUGGGCGUGGCAGGCGGAAGGGGGGCCGUCGCUCGCAGGGCUCCUCCUCCCCGCACUCGUCGUCCAGCUCGUCCUGCGAGGGUUAUCCUGGCGACGACCGGCUGCUGUUCUCCCUACGAGAGGACUCGUCGGAGCAGGGAGGCCUUCGCUUCAACAAGAAGACCAAGGGCCUGAUUGACGCCCUCACAAAGUUCUUCACUCCCUCGCCCGAUGGACGCAAGGCCCAGCACGAGGUGGACUACUCCCAGCAAUACCGCAUCCGCAAGAAGGCCAUACGCAAGGAAGAGGGGGACGACAGGACAGGUGAGGAGGACAAUCAGGACAGUAGUGACUGGCGUGAGGAUGAGGACAAGCUACCAGGACACGAGAACCUGACAGAGAAAGACGUGGAACUCUUCAGACACAUCCAGGAGCUGGCGCUACAGAAAGUGGGGGUGACCGGCCCUCCAGAUCCCCAAAUGCGUUGCCCAUCUGUCAUCGAGUUUGGCAAGUUUGAGAUCCAGACUUGGUACUCCUCUCCGUAUCCGCAAGAGUACAGCAGACUGCCUAAGCUCUACCUGUGUGAGUUCUGCCUGCGUUACGUGAAGAGUCGCAGCAUCCUCUUCCAGCACACGAGGAAGUGUGCCUGGUUCCACCCUCCAGCCAAUGAGAUCUACAGGAAGGAUGGUGUCUCCGUGUUCGAGGUGGAUGGGAAUGUGAGCACAAUCUACUGUCAGAACCUGUGUCUGUUGGCCAAGCUGUUCCUGGAUCACAAGACACUGUACUACGACGUGGAACCCUUCCUCUUCUACGUUCUCACACAGAAUGACAGCAAGGGCUGCCACCUGGUGGGCUACUUUUCUAAGGAGAAGCAUUGUCAACAGAAGUACAACGUGUCCUGCAUCAUGAUUCUUCCCCAGUACCAGCGCAAAGGCUACGGUCGCUUCCUCAUCGACUUCAGCUACCUGCUGUCCAAGCAGGAGGGCCAGCCCGGCUCCCCAGAGAAGCCCCUGUCAGACCUGGGUCGUCUGUCCUACAUGGCCUACUGGCGCAGCGUCGUGCUGGAGUGUCUCCAUGAGGUCCGCGACCGCCAGCUCACCAUCCGACGCCUCAGCAAGAUCACUGGCAUCUGCCCCCAGGACAUCACCGCCACGCUGCACCACCUCAACAUGCUGGAGCAGAGAGGGGAGCGGCUAGUCCUGGUGCGUAAGGAGAAGCUGGUGUCCAGCCACAUGGCUUGUCUCACCGCCAGGCCCCGGCUGCUAGAGGUGGACCCGGACUGUCUCCGCUGGACCCCCGUCAUCGUCACCAACACUGUGGUUUCAGAGGAGGAGGAGGAGGAAGGAGAGGAUACCUGCAAGGAGAUCAAGCCUAGCCACAAAGUGUCUCCACUCUCCUGGCUCGUCCGAGGAGAAGAGGAGGAGGAGGAGGAUGAGGAGAUGAUGAUAAAGUGCUUCCCGGGGUUCCCCACCAGCCAAAGCUCUCUGGCCUCCUCCCCAGUCCGCUGUCCCCUGCCCGUCCCCGACCACCGGUCCCCUCCCCCCGCCAACGGAGAGCGCAGGGGCAGGGGCCGCCCACCCAAGAACUGGCCCUGGGGCAAGGUGAAGGACGGGCCACGGACUGAGAGGAGGCCGGGACCGGGACGACCUCCAAAGAUACGGUUGGAGGUGCAGGAUUUCGAUGAGGAGGAGGACAGGGCUGAGGGCACUAAAAUCAGCCCCACCUCUGGCAGCAGCCCACUCUCCCUGUUCUCUUUAGACAGACAGCUGGCUGAUUCUACAGGUACCUUCAGGCCCUUAGAGAUGCUUGGCAGGCACCCUGCUGUCCCUCCCCCACGCAGCAGAGGGCGCCCUCCCAGGAAGAAGAAGGGCUCCAAGCGCAGGCUGAGUGAAGGUCCCGGAGAAACCUUGCCCCAGCUGCCCCUGGGGCCCAGGCUCAGCGACCCGCCUCCAGUCAGACGGAGCUGCUUCAGUGAAAGCAGCGAGGAAGAGGAGGAGGAGGAUGAAGAUGAUGAUGACGAGGAGAGGGGAACUCACUCCCCACCCAUCCUCACAAAGCCCACCCUGGGGCUCAAAUGCAAGAAGCCGUUGAGGAAGAGGCGCAUGCGUCAGCGCAGCCACGCCCACAGCAGCGUGGUGACAGAGACCAUCUCUGAAACCACCGAGGUGCUGGACGAGCCCUUCGUAGACUCUGACUCUGAGAGGCCCAUGCCCCGGCUGGAGGAGGAGAGCCCCCUGGGACACCCCCUGAGGUGUUACCCCCCGGCCCGCUCCGCCCUACGACACACAGAGACACCGCCCAAGAGAGCCCAACAAGCCGACCUCACAGAGUCAGAGGAGGAUGAACCCACUCCUGUUCUGAAGCCAGCAUCCUUCCUACGGAAACCAGAGCCUACUGUCUCAGCAGAGACCCCGGCGGCCAACCCAGAGGCCCCCGUCAAGAAGAAGAAAGGCUGGCCCAAGGGCAAGCCCCGUAAGCCCCUGCACUGGAAGAAACGGCCGGGCAUACUCCCUGGCAGCGGGGCAAAGCCGAAUGCAGGGGACACCAGCCUGACCAACUCAGGGGACCCUCCACACCCCAAGAUCAAGAUGAAGCCGGGCCCCAAGCCCCGGAGCUGGUACCUACAGCGGGCCCAGGAGGAGGCCGAGAGGCAGGAGGCAGAGAGACAGAGGCUGGGUCUGGGAGGGGUGCAGCAGCUAGACAAGCCCCUCCAGCAGCUAGAGGACCGAGCAUGCAAGAGGGCCUCAAGAGCCACAGCUACCGACAACGACAAACACAAAGACUCUGAUGAAGAGGAUGACUACCUCCCCAAGCCCGUGGAGCAGAGAAUACCCAAGAGGCGGGGAAGACCGCCCAAAAACCCAGCCAUGCGACAACAACCUGUCCCAAAGCAGCCCACUGUCUCAGAACCAGAAGAGGAGGAGGAGACAGCGAGGGGCUGGGUAGAGGACAAGCUCAGCCGUCCACCGUCCCGUUCCCUGCUCUCUCCGUCCUCUACCGGAGGCCCCAGGGCUCCCCAGCCCAGUAGACCAGACACGGACAGAGUCAUGGCUGACAGGGAUGAGGAAGACGAGGAGAGGGAGGAUGAAGAGUGUGCCACCCUGGGCACCAGCAGCAGAAGGACUGCGGCCACGCCAGGCUCAGGCAGCAGACGCAGCGACGACCACGAUGCAGACGAUGAAGGAGACGGACACCUGGAGGACAAGAGCAACAGCAAAAAGCGGAAGAGCCAGGACUCUGAGGAAGAGGAUGAAGAUGAUGAGGAAGAACCUACCUCCCCCGCCUGCUCUCCCCCCGUCAAAGAAGAACCCCAGGGUGGGGAAGGUUUUUUAGACAUGCAGGGCAGUGUGCAGGCCAGAGACUCCUACGUCAGCAAGCAGGAGGAGGACGAAGAGGAGGACGAAGAGGCGGAGGAGCUGCAGGAGGUGAAGUGCCGGCCUCUGGACGCGGCACAGGACGAGAGAAGGCGGCGGGAGGCAGAGGAGUCAGCAGCAGCUGCCGCGGCGGUGGAGACGGUGACAGCCAUCUCAGUCCCCUCUGAGCCCCUGGAGCUGCAGCAGCUGCACCCCGAGGACAAGACCGUCACGCUGCUGAUGGAGCCCCAGCACCCACACCCUCACCAGCACCCCGACUCCUUCAAGGAGGAGCUGAGCCACCACCACGGGUCCCACCAUGGUCAGCACCACCACAGCAACGAGCUGGACCUGGAGACGGUGCAGGCGGUCCAGUCUCUAACCCAGGGAGAGGCCCAGGACGAGGAGCCAGAGAGCCACGGGGUCUCCCACGGAGCCUACCAGGACUGUGAAGAGACGCUGGCUGCCUGCCGCACCCUGCAGAGCUACAGCCACGCCGGGGAGGCCGAGGAGGAGACUACCCACCUGGCCCUGGUGGAGGAGUGUGGAACCUCCCAGCACAGCAGCCCCCUGCCCCACACUAACCCCCCCAUGCCCCCCUUACCUAGCCAGUCAGUCCGCUCCAUCAACAGCCCAGCAGGCAUGAUGGAAUCUGGGCUGGGGCAGCAAAGAGGGGGCACACCAGGCCCUACUGGGGGAACAGGGGCAACGGGAGGAGGAGGGUACACCCAGAUCACUCCUGAGCACCCCAGUUCCUUGUCGGCCCCAUCCCAACAGAACAUGGAGACCAGUCCCAUGAUGGACGUUCCGUCGGUGUCUGACCACUCCCAGCAGGUGGUGGACAGUGGCUUCAGUGACCUGGGCAGCAUCGAGAGCACCACAGAGAACUACGACAAUCCCAGCAGCUACGACUCCACCAUGGGCGGCGGGGGCAACGGGGGAGGGAACAACGGCAGUAACCAUGCGGCUGUGGCUGCCUCUUCCUCGUCGUCGACGGGCUCCUCCUCUUCCUCCAGCUCGGUCACACCCUCCUCACAGGGCAGCAGCUGCUCCUUUGUCCCGGCGCCCUGUCUCACGUCUUCCAGCGGCGCAGUGAUAUCACAGCUUGCCAUGGGCAGCUGCAGUCUCAUCCAACAAACUGGACCAGGGCCCAAUAAUGGGCCGGGAGGCAACAAUGGUGGCAACAACAGCGUGCCCCCGCCGCCACCCCGUCCCCCAUCUGCCAACACCCACCAAGGCAUCAAGUCCCCUCAGAGCUGUGUGAUCGAGAGGCUGCCCAGCGCCAGCCAGCAGUCCCAGAAAAAGGUGCAGCAUCAGCCCCCUCAGCAGCAGCAGCAGGCUCCCCACCCCCCGCCCUCGGCCCCUCCAACCCCCCACCCGCCCCAGCAGCAGCAACCUCUGUCCCAGUGCAGUAUGGGGAACGGCUUUGGCUCCACACCUAUGAUCAUGGAGAUCCCUGAGAGUGCCUCCCAGGGAGGGGGGCGCAGCCUGUACGAGCGGAUGGGCCAGGACUUUGGUGCAGGGGGUUACCCGCAGCCCUCGGCCACUUUCAGCCUGGCUAAGCUGCAGCAGCUCACCAACACCAUCAUGGACCCCCACGCCAUGCCCUACUCUCACUCGGCCUCUGUCACAUCUUACGCCACCAGUGUUUCUCUGUCUAACCCCGGGCUGGCCCAGCUCUCCCCCUCCCCACUCCCUCCCUUAGCCCAGGGCCAGGCCACCAUGACCCCCCCUCCCCAACUGAGCUCUGGCUCCAUGAACCUGGGCUCCCUGCAGCUGCAGUGCAACAUGCCCUCCAGCAACAUCGGCCUGCCUCCCCCGCCCCACACCCAGCGGCUGCAGGGCCAAAUGGCCACGGUGAAGGGCCACAUCUCCAUCCGCUCCAAGGCCCAGCUGGCCCCCGCUCCCUCCCCGCACCAGCAGCAACUGUACGGACGCAGCUCUGGGGCCGUGGCCAUGCAGGGCUCGCCUCGUACCCUGGCCGUGCAGCGUGGCAUGAUGCCCAACCUCAUGCCCACACCGGCCGGUUACAACACCAUGAACAUGAACCAGCUGAACGCCAUGUCGGCAGGCUACCGCAUGCCACAGCCCAUGAUGAACAGCGGUUACCAUGGGAACCCCCCUUACAUGAACCAGCCCACCCAGUACCCCAUGCAGAUGCAGAUGGGCAUGAUGGGGGGACAGGGGUACCCACAGCAGCCUAUGCAGCCCAAUCACCACGGCAACAUGAUGUACACGGGCCCCACCCACCACAGCUACGCCGGCGUCCCCAAACAGUCGCCUUACAUGAGCAGAUGAGCAGAGCACCGAAGAACAACACCGCAGCUCUAGAGACAGAUGGGAGGAACACUCUCCAACCUGACCUGACACUCGCUGAUGGAGGGAGGGACUCUGCCUCUCUUUACUGAAUGACUUACUGUUGUAUCCACCCUCUCCAAAGCCCGAGCGAGCGAGCGCAAAGAGAGAGGGAGGACUAUGUUUUUCUGUUUUGUAUGUUGUCAUUUUGUUCCAUUCAGUUGGACACAUUUCCCCCCCCCCCCCCAAGCUGGCUGUGUAGGGAGUGAGCUGGCAGAGCUGGGGCGAUACAUCACGGCUAAAUGGUCCCCUGGUACUGUAUGGCAGACUGCUCUAGUCUAGUCAGACCUAAGCGACAUGCUCCUCUGGCACAGUUUCUACGCUAACGGAAGAGUUCCUCUCCACUGUUUACCUGGCAGAGAGUGGAGGAGGUGGAAGAGGAAGAUGGACUUUGGAGGACCUUACAUUGUCAAAACUGAGAAAGGAAAAAAAAAAGUGGUUAACUAAAUAUAUGAAACCAUGCACACAAUCUUUUAAUUGAAAUAGGAAGCCUUACCUUUAAAAAAGAGACUAUGAUUAUAAUUGUAGAUGGACUUGUUUUUUUUUAUUUUAUUAUUAUUUUGAAUACUUUUGUUUUCAUUUUGACAGCUGUUGAAAAGAACUUGUGUGCAGUCCAACCUGUCUAUGCUUUGAUCGUGGCAUACUGGAAUGGUGGUUCACCCUCUAGCUCCGACACAUUCUCACACACACACACGCGCGUCUCCAUUGCUUCUGUGAGCCGUGGCAUUUGUCUCAGAUAUGAGUAGAAGUGGGGCCUCAUUGGAGAACAACAGAGUAACAAGUGUGGAGGGUCUUCCAGGUAGGACGGUGUGUAUCAGGGCAAAACAGAGGAAUACAGUGAUGGAGGAGAGAUGAGGGGUCACGGUCCAUUAGUCUGUCCAUAAAUAAAUAAACCAGUAGUGUUCUCAGCAUCACCAACAGGAUGCUGUAGCUGUUUGUUCUGAAAUGAUUAGAUGUAAAUGUUCUGGUAUUUCCUGUUGAUUCACAGCACAGUCCACCAGUCUCCCAUUGCAGCAUUCACACGUUUUUCAUCACACUCCACAGAAGGCUAUUAGGCCUUUUUACCCCAUUGAUGGUGUACAUCUGUCAGCCCCAUGCAGUUAACCUUCCAUGGAAUAAAUAAAUACACAGAGAUUUGAGGUCAAACUCACUGCUUUAAGGAACAUCAGCUGAGCUGCUUCGUUAAGUGUUAGUGACAGGCAUCCUCUCUGAAGGGUGUUUUCUGUUAACCAGUUAAUCUGUGCAAGUCUACCAUGCACUUCCAUUGACUAGUAGAGAUGUCUGAGCUCUAUGGACCAUCAGCAUCUAGAGAGGUGGCCAAUGCCAAAUACUGUGCAUUGUGUACGCCCACCACACACGCAAACAUCUGGAUGGUUACCGUGUUAGGAUGGGGAGGGUGGGUUAAAAAUUUACCCAGUUGUCUCAGUGUUCCAGUAUUCAAGGUCAAAAUGAGGAUACUUUUCUUACAGACCUGACGUUUCAUAUAUUAUUUGUGUGUAUUAUUGUUUUUCGUUUGUUCGUUUUAUUUUCUCUGAAUUUUAUCAGACUGGGCAGCUUUCUUUUAUGACACAAGCUGACUCUUUUUGACUUUAGAACCUAUUGUAGAGAAUGUUUUUUCUAUAAUAUAAAGAAAUUCUGACGUUGAUAUUGGUACUGUCAUUUUUUUCACUUCUGUGUCAGGAACAAAAACGACAUAUUUUUUAGCUUGACUCUUGAGGUAAUAUUAUAAAGAAAUUAAAAAAAAAAAAAAAAAAAAUACCACUCACUUUUAGUGAAUUUAAGAUGCCUUUAACCUCUCCAUUCCACUCAUCUCUAGAGUUUUCUAUCUUUGUGUAGUAUAUUAAUGCUAUUUUAAAACAAAAGGAAAAAACAAAUAUCUAAAGGUCACUUAGCUGUUCUUUUGUUUGGAUUAUUUGUGUGUGAAUAGGACGACUUCUUUACAUUUAAGAGGCAUGUAAAAAUGAGCUCAGUAUAUUUGUCUGUUUAUAUCGCUUCCCUUUUUGUAUCCUUUGUAAUUGUACAUGGUGCGUUGUAAGCUAAGAGAGAGCGCAAGAUAUAAAGAGGAAUGGGGCUGGCUGGGUGCCUUGUGAAGGUUGAUAGCGCCCGGCUGCCUCGAUCUCUCUACUUAGUCCCUGUAUGUAUUUCCAUUUAUUAGUUUUUUCUUUCUUAGCAAGUACUUUCAAAGAACUCUGUACAUUUUAACAUAAAACAAAAAUAAAUUAUGUUGAGCCAUU